GAUGCUGGGAGUAAAACUUUCGAUGUUUCUUGUGCUUGCUCUCAUUUGUUUUGUUGGAAUUGUGGUGAAGAAGCUCAUCGUCCUGUGGACUGCGGAACUGUGAGAAAAUGGAUAAUGAAGAACAGCUCGGAGGCUGAGAAUGUGAAUUACAUUCUAGCUUUUACCAAGCCUUGUCCCAAAUGCAGAAGACCAAUCGAGAAAAACAUGGGUUGUUCCCACAUGUCAUGUAUGGCACCUUGCUAUUAUCAAUUUUGCUGGCUAUGUCUUAAAGAUUGGAGCAAUCAUGGCACUUGUAAUCGUUAUAAUGGGGAUCCCGAAGAGGAAAGGAGAGAAAAGGCAAAGAAAUAUAUGAUGAGAUACUCUCACUACUUUGAACGUUGGGCGACGAAUCAAAAGUCAAUGAAAAAGGCUGCUGCCGAUAUGGAAAAUGUGCAAAGCAAUCAGUUAGAGAUUCUUGGUCGCAUUCAAAUCCUACCUGAGACUCAACUCAGUUUUCUAACAGAGGCUUGGCAACAGAUAGUUGAAUGUAGAAGGGUGCUUGCAUGGACAUAUGCGUAUGGGUACUACUUGCCUGAUCAAGACCCGGCCAAAAGGAACCUGUUUGAGUACUUGCAAGGUCAGGCUGAGUCUGGCUUGGAAAGGCUUCAUGAUUGCGCAGAGAAGGAGCUUCGACCAUUCCUGAAAGAUCAGCACUCGGAAAAUGAAUUCAUCGACUUCCGUAAAAGGCUUUCUGUGCUCACCACGGUGACUAGGAAUUACUUUGAGAACUUGGUCACAGCUUUAGAGAAUGGACUAUCUGAUGUAAAAUCCCUGAAUUCUUCAAGUGUCUCAAAGAAACCCAGACGGGAAUCGGCAAUGAAUCCUGCCGAGGCUGCUGCUGAUGCUGCUGACGUUGUUGCUGGAGCUCAAAUCUUCACUACACACACAAAGGCUUCCUUUUCCGAGAGACCAUGGAUUUGUCCUUAUUGUACCUAUAGAAACAAUGGUUCUGCCACGUCUUGUGCAAUGUGUGCAAGACGAGGUACUUGGGCUUGUGACCACUGCACCUUCGCCAAUACGAGGACCGCCACAACAUGUUUCAUGUGUCUCGAACCCCGGCAACCUUAGAUGACUCUAAAUGGGUGUAAUGUCUAUUGAAUUUUUCUGGUUCCAAACUUCUUUUAGGAUUUCAUCCACGGAGAUGAUCGGUAACAGGAUUUCAUGUUCCAGAUUAGCGAGGAAUCGCUCUUAUCAAAUAAAAUCUUUUCCUUUACUA